AACAAAGACGCGUUCUUUGAAUUCAAUUCAACUCACACACAAGUCACCAAUUUAAAAACCUCUAUCUAUGCUUCUAAACCAAAAAUACAAUUUAUCAUAUCCAUUCUUCAAUCUCAACAUGUUCUAUCACUCAAUCUUAUUAACACUAAUUCUCAUCAUCACAAAAACACAAUCCCAACAAGAAUACGUAAACAACAAACAACUCGACUGCGACAACACAUACAACUCAACAUCAGGCAACAUUUGUAACAGCAUCCCUUCAUGUCAAUCAUACCUCACUUUCAAAUCUACACCCCCCGAUUACAACACCCCCCUUUCCAUUUCACACCUCCUAAACACCCCACCUUCUCUCAUCUCCCAAUCCAACAACCUUCAACAACCCAUCUCCAAUGACACAAUCAUAACCGUGCCUGUUAACUGUUCCUGCUCUGGCAACGGUAACUACUACCAACACAACUCUACGUACACUUUGAAAACCUUAGGUGAAACUUACUUCUCCGUCGCUAAUAUAACCUACCAAGCUCUUACCACGUGUCAAGCUCUCAUUGCUCAGAAUACUUACGGUGUUCGAAACCUCGUUGCUGGUCUCAACAUAACCGUUCCUCUUAGAUGCGCUUGUCCUACAAAAAAACAGAGUGAUCAAGGUUUCAAGUUUCUUCUCACUUAUUCAAUCUCUGAAGGUGAAUCCGUUUCUUCCAUUGCUGAUCUUUUCGGCGUUGAUGAACAAAGCAUUAUGGAAGCUAACGAACUUUCUACUUCAUUAAUUUUCUACUUCACCCCCCUUUUAAUCCCUCUAAAAAAUGAACCCCCUCAAAAAUUGACAAAACAAGCUUUACCACCGGAGACUCCGCCUCCGCCGCCACUGGCGACGGAUAACGGUGAUUCGACCUCUUCCAAGAAAUGGGUCAUUGUCGGUGUAGCGGUUGGGGUUGUUGUAUUACUUCUUCUAGCUCUCUCUGUUUAUUUCCUCUGUUUCUAUAAACGCCGGCGACGGCAGCCGGAGAUACCACCGCCGGGAGUGAAGGCUUUCACAGAUUCUGAAACCAAUAGGGUUACGGAUUUUACCUCAAAAACAGAAUCUUGGUCACUUUCUUCUGAGGGGAUUCGUUAUGCGGUUGACUCGUUGACUUUGUACAAGUUUCAAGAUUUGCAAAAUGCAACGAAGUUUUUCAGUGAAGAGAACAAGAUUAAUGGGUCUGUUUAUAGAGCUUCUUUUAAAGGUGAUGAUGCUGCUGUUAAGAUUCUUAAAGGUGAUGUUUCUUCUGAGAUAAACAUUUUGAAGAGGAUUAAUCAUGCGAAUAUUAUAAGGUUGUCUGGUUUUUGUGUCUACAAAGGUAACACUUAUCUUGUUUAUGAGUUUGCUGAGAAUGAUUCUCUUCAUGAUUGGCUUCAUCAAUCUGAGAAGAACAAGAACAAGAAGAAUUCUCAGAAUUCUAUGAUUUGUUUGAGUUGGAUUCAGAGAGUUCAGAUUGCUUAUGAUGUAGCGGAUGCACUUAAUUACCUUCAUAAUUAUGCUAAUCCACCUCAUGUUCAUAAGAAUUUGAAAAGUGGUAAUAUUCUUUUGAAUGGAAAUUUUAGAGCUAAAGUUUCAAAUUUUGGGUUGGCAAGAGUUAUGGAGAAUGAAGAAGGGAAUAAUGAAGAGUUUCAAUUAACAAGACAUGUAAUUGGGACUCAAGGUUACAUGGCACCUGAGUAUAUUGAGAAUGGUUUGAUUACUCCAAAGAUGGAUGUUUUUGCUUUUGGUGUUGUGAUUUUGGAGAUUCUUUCUGGAAGAGAAGUUGCUGGUGGGGUUCAGCUUCUGUCUGUUACUGUGAAUCAGGUUCUUGAAGGGGAAAAUGUUAGGGAGAAGCUUAGAGGUUUCAUGGAUCCAAAUUUGAAAGAUGAAUAUCCAUUGGAACUUGCAUAUUCAAUGGCUGAGAUUGCUAAAAGAUGUGUUGCUAGUGACCUUAAUUUAAGACCAAAUGUUUCUGAGGUUUUCAUGGUUUUGUCUAAGAUUCAAUCAUCUACAUUGGAUUGGGAUCCAUCUGAUGAGCUUGAACGGUCUAGAUCUGUUGGCCAAGUUUCUGUUAGUAGAUAGUUAGUGAUUUUUAAUGCAAAGUUGGAUAAUAGUUUGAUUUGAGAGUUUGUGUAAUCUUUCUAUAUGUAGAGUUUAUGCUGGCCUCUUUCUUGUAUCACAUUACAUGCCUUGGUCAUUGUGUUGCUGUUAUGAAUAGAAGUUUACACUUUGAGGUAGUAAAUUUUUCUAUUCCUGAAAAUGGCUACUUCAAUUUGUUUUUCUUUAACAUAGUAAGUGAAUAAUAAAUAAAACCUUGGCCUAGUUUGAUGUGUUAAUUGUAUAAAAUUCAGAUUUCCAGUUAAUAUGUUAUUGCCAUAUUGAAAAAUGAUUCAGAUAGGCCAAGGUUUCAAUUUUGUUGGCUUUUUA